AUGGCGAAUCUACUGAGACGCUGGGGCUGCGGAGACCUGCUUUUGUCCUUCAUGCUUCUGGGAACGCUGUGCCAGCCAGGGUCCGGGCAGAUCCGCUACUCGGUGCCCGAGGAAUUAGAGAAAGGCUCCUUCGUGGGCAAUAUCGCCGAGGACCUGGGUCUGCAACCUCACGAGCUGGUGGAGCACGGAGUCCGCAUCGUCUCCAGAGGUAGGACGCAGCUUUUCUCUCUGAACCCGCGAAGCGGCAGCUUGGUCACAGGGGAAAGGAUAGAUCGGGAGGAGCUCUGCGCUCAGAGCGCGCGGUGUCUGGUGAACUUUAACAUCUUGGUUGAGAAUAAAAUGAAAAUUUAUGGAGUAGAAGUGGAAAUAGUUGAUAUUAAUGAUAACUUUCCUAGAUUCCGGGAGGAGGAACUAAAAGUAAAAGUUAAUGAAAACGCAGCUGUGGGAACUCGCUUAGUGCUUCCCUUCGCACGAGAUGCGGAUGUGGGUGUGAACUCCCUCCAGAGUUACCAGCUGAGCACCAAUCUUCACUUCUCCCUGGACGUGAAGAGCGGAACUGACGGGCAAAAUUACCCUGAGUUAGUGUUGGAAAGGCCCCUGGACCGCGAGAAAGAGGCGAUUCACGAACUCCUUCUCACAGCCUUGGAUGGCGGAGACCCAGUACUCUCUAGCACCACGUGGAUCCGCGUGACAGUCCUGGACGCAAAUGAUAACGCGCCCCUCUUCACCCAAUCCGAAUAUAGAGUGAGUGUUCCAGAGAGCAUACCUGUGGGAACUCAGCUACUGACUCUGACCGCCACAGAUGCAGAUGAGGGAAUAAAUGGGAAAGUGACCUACUCUUUUCGCAAUGAAGAAGACAAAAUUUCGGAGACGUUCCAACUUGAUUCCACUCUGGGGGAAAUCUCAACUAUUCAAUCCCUGGACUAUGAAGAAUCCAGAUUCUACCUCAUGGAAGUGGUAGCUCAAGAUGGAGGUGCUCUUCUUGCUAGUGCUAAGGUGCUGAUCACAGUACAAGAUGUGAAUGACAAUGCCCCAGAAGUGAUACUCACUACUUUUAGCAGUUCUGUUUCUGAAGACUGUCUUCCUGGGACCAUAAUCGCACUGUUUAGCAUACAUGAUGUUGAUUCUGGGGAGAAUGGUGAGACUUCAUGUUCUAUUCCGAAGAACUUGCCUUUCAAAUUAGUAAGGUCAGUUGAUAAUUACUAUCACCUAUUAACAACAAGAACUCUGGACAGAGAAGAGACUUCAGAUUAUAAUAUCACAGUAACUGUUACCGACCAUGGCACCCCACCCCUGUCUACAGAAAAUCAAAUUUCCCUGAAAGUAGCAGACAUCAAUGACAACCCACCUACCUUCUCUCAGGCCUCCUACUCUACUUCAAUCCCAGAGAACAACCCCAGAGGAGUUUCUAUCUUCUCUGUGACAGCCCAUGACCCUGACAGUGGUGAUAAUGCUAGGAUCACUUACUCCCUGGCAGAAUAUACAUUACAGGGAGUGCCUCUAUCCUCCUAUGUCUCCAUGAACUCAGAAACUGGUGUCCUGUAUGCACUACGUUCCUUUGACUAUGAGCAGUUAAGAGACUUGCAGCUACUGGUGAAAGCCAGUGACAGUGGGAACCCUCCACUCAGCAGCAACGUGUCACUGAACUUAUUUGUGCUGGAUCAGAAUGACAACAUCCCUGAGAUCCUGUACCCCACCAUUCCUACUGAUGGUUCCACUGGUGUAGAGCUGGCACCCCGCUCUGCAGAGCCUGGAUACCUGGUGACCAAGGUGGUGGCAGUGGACAGAGACUCAGGACAGAAUGCCUGGCUGUCCUACCGCCUGCUCAAGGCCAGCGAACCAGGGCUCUUCUCAGUGGGGCUGCACAAUGGUGAGGUGCGCACAGCACGGACGCUACUGGAUAGAGAUGCUCUCAAGCAGAGCCUCCUGGUGAUUGUUCAGGACCAUGGCCAGCCCCCUCUCUCGGCCACUGUCACACUCACAGUGGCCAUGGCUGACAGUAUCCCUGAUGUUCUGGCCAAUCUGGGUAGCAUCAAGCCCCCUUCCUACUCUGAUGAUUCAGAGCUUACACUCUACCUUGUGGUAGCAGUGGCUGCAGUCUCUUGUGUCUUCCUGGCCUUUGUCAUUGUGAUGCUGGCGCUUAGACUAAGACGCUGGCACUCAUCACGCCUGCUCCAGGUUUCCAGAGGCAGGUUGGCAGGCAUGCCCACCUCCCACAUUGUGGGCAUGGAUGGGGUGCAGGCUUUCCUGCAGACCUAUUCCCAUGAGAUCUCCCUCACUGCAGACUCCAGGAAGAGCCACCUGAUCUUUCCCCAACCCAACUACGCAGACACUCUCAUUAGUGAACAGAGUUGUGAGAAAAGUGAACCUCUUCUGGUGUCUGAUAAGGCAAAUGCAAACAAAGAAGAACCAGGAGUUGCUCAGGUUAGUUCUUUCUUACAGUAA